AUGUUCGACUCCCCCUACGCCGCUGCUCCGUCCGCUUCAGCUCCUCCAACCGGACUCUUUCUCCAUCCAAACCUACGGGACGCCCAGUACUUUACCGUUCUCACCGCUCAGACCCUGACGCAUGCUCAUCACCUGGUCGACCGAAUAACAAGGGUCUUGCCGGAUUAUGAACCCACCUUUCCCGAUUCACCUUUCGUCACCCUUCACCCGUCUUCGACGGAAUACGCUGUGGCGUUGCGACAGACCCCCAAGUUACUCGAUCGGCUGAGUGACGUCUUGUGUUUGGUGAUGGAUAUGGCUGAACUUGUGCGAAAUGUCCAUCCGGAUCACAAGUGGGUGCAAGAGGCGGAUACAGUUUACGAAGUUUUGGGCCGAUACAUGAACGGUCUGAAUACGCAUCAAGGCUUGUACGAGGCCCUCAAGUUGUGCCGCGAUACGGCCCACGACCCACCUCUGACAGAUUCGGAGCGGCAGUUGAUACAGACUUUCAUGAACGAUUUCGAAAAGUCUGGGAUUCACCUCGAGAGCGCACGAAGACAACGCUUCGUGGAUCUGUCGGACGAGAUCCAAGUUCUCGGUCGACGUUUUUUGGGCGACGUAGCUGCUGGGCAGAAUGGCAAUGCAGAGGCGGCGGGAGUGGGCAAGACGACCCUGAUCGAGCUACCUCAGGCGGACGAGCUGUUGACAGGGAUGGACAAGAGGUUCAUUCAGUCUUUGCCACGCGGGGGAGCUUUCGGAGCCGUCAAGGGAAAGCCCAGGAGCAGCCGUUUCGUACCGACGUACAGCUGGGAAGCUCAGAUGAUCCUUCGUCAUGCGCCUAAUAGCCAAGCCAGGCGGUUGAUCUACGAGGGAAGCAACGCUUAUGAUUCCGAACGGGUCGGCGUGCUGGAGGAUCUCUUGCAAAAGCGGGGCGAGCUCGCUGGCGUUCUCGGCAAGGAGAGUUGGGCCGAGGUUCAGCUUACCGACAAGAUGGCCAAGAACCCCUCGAACGUCAUGGGAUUCCUCGGAUCGUUGGCCGAGAAUCUGCGACCACGGGCCAUGGAGGAUGUGGCGACCUUGGCAAACAUGAAGAGCGCCGAGUCGAGCAGUCUAGGCAGGUUGACGGGGAGCAAAGUUUAUGCUUGGGAUCGGGACUAUUACACCGAGAAGCUUGCCGCUAGUCUGGCACCUGGCGCGAGGAUGCACCCCAUCGGUCAAUUCUUCUCGGCCGGAACCGUUGUACAAGGUCUUUCCCGGCUGUUCAAUCGCCUCUAUGGGUUAAGAUUCGUCCCAGCCGAGCUUCGACCGGGAGAAGCCUGGAGCUCUGAUGUCCGCAAGGUCCAUGUCAUGGACGAUGUCGAGGGUCUCGUCGGUAUCAUCUACUUUGACCUGUUCAAUCGACCCAACAAGAGCCCGAACGCCGCUCAUUAUACCGUCCGUUGCUCUCGGCGCAUAGACAAUGAUGAUGCUGUUGGAGACAGGCUGCCAUCUGGAUGGGACUGGUCGCUAGGCAUGACCGGCGUAGAGGACUUUGAGGGCGUGCGGGUCAAAGGCAAGGAGGGUCGAUUUCAACUUCCUCUUGUGGUCUUGACUACCGAUUUUGUGCGGCCGACCGUGGAGGAUGGACCGAGCUUGCUGGCGUGGCCAGAAGUUGAGACUCUGUUCCAUGAGAUGGGUCACGCGAUUCAUUCCAUGCUCGGCAGGACGGAAUACCACAACGUUUCGGGCACUCGAUGCGCCACCGACUUUGUCGAGUUGCCCUCGAUCCUCAUGGAGUCGUUUGUCUCGUCGCCCGACGUCUUGCCGCUCUUUGCACGACACUACCGCACGGACAUGCCACUCCCCCUCGAGCAUUUCCAGACUCAUAUCGGUCUGUCCAAUAUCUUGACCAACCUGGAGACAAACGGACAGAUUAUGAUGGCCUCGCUCGAUCAACAGUAUCACUCGCCUGCGGCUGGUGAUCCCAAUGGCAUCGAUACGACGCGGAUCUACCACGAUCUCCAGGCCGAGAUGGGCGUCAUUCCGCCAGUGCCCGGAACGGCAUGGCAGGCGCAAUUCGGUCACCUCUAUGGGUAUGGCGCUACCUAUUACUCGUACCUCUUUGACCGCGCGAUCGCCAAGAAGGUCUGGUCGACGCUGUUCAAAGACGCUCCUCUGACGCGAGAAGGCGGCGAAAAGUUCCGGAACGAGGUGCUUCGAAACGGAGGCGGGAAGGAUCCGUGGGAGAUGGUGGCCGAAGUCGUCGGUGACGAGAGUCUGGCCAAAGGAGACUGGAACGCGAUGGAAAAGGUCGGCAAAUGGCUCAAUUGA